AUGCCGGGAAGGUUUCGGCAGCCUUUCAAUAACAGAAACAAGCACGAGAUGAUGGACACAUUCUCGCCGCGGUCCUCGACACUCAUGCUCCGUCCCGUCCAAGAGACAUUCAUCAAUCUUGCGCUUAUUGUUGAUGGCGUUGGGUGGCCCCGCCAUGACGGCUCAAACCCAGACCUCACAGGUUGCAGCGCACUCCGAUGGGGUCUCGUGUCAAGCUCUUUCUUCCUUGAGUCGGCAAAGCCAAGCGAGGAUCGUAGUGGGGUCUGGGCUCUCAUGCCAAGAAACAUUGAGGAAAUCAUAAUUGAAUUCAGUUCGAAAGGUGGCCUUUCCCACUCCGCCGAUCGCCUCCAUACACCCAACUUCGGUAACCCGUGUUACAAUGAGACAAUGUUUUCAGACGGCUCCUGGCUCGUGGAGAUUGCCGCGCAAAAAACAGAGCAUUAUCCGAAUCUCGAAUCUACCGUCAUGUCGGAGCUGGACGUUGUGAAAGGGACUGUUUCGAAGCUUAGAUGUAGAAGCCUGCCAUGGCAAUAUCCGAUUGACCUGUUGAAUAUAUUCAGGGCCAGCGGCAUUUCGUUGACAGGUCAUCUCCGAAUACCGAAGCUUUGGAAUGAAACAUAA